AUGUACCUAGCUUUGGGGUCGAAGCUGCAGAGUCACAUGAGCCGGAGCAAGCUCUGUGGUUUCGUGCACGCCAGUGGAUAUCGAGGCGGCUUUUCGAGCGACUCGAACACAACGCAAACUCUGUGGGCGCGCUACAUUUGUAGCGUUCCAGUCACUGAUGCCAAACCAUUUGGGGUAGUCGUAGUUGGUAUAGGGCGAGCAUUUGUAGCCGCAUCAGUUCGACUCCCGGUACAGAGGCGACGUCGCCUGCAGUGCUGCAGGCUCGACACUCGCAUGCGCUCCACUGCUACAACGAGCCCCGGCUCAGAUGACCCAACCGAAGAGACGCGAUCAAAGGAAAAGGAAACCGGUGUGUCUGCGUGGGCGGAGCGUCAGCACCGUACCCGCAUAAACCUGGUUGGAGUCUUCUUUCUGCUCGUGACCUUUGCCUGGUCGCUGCCGCUCUUUAUCAUCAUGUUGAUCCUAUACCCGUUCGUGCUGAUCCUUGAUCCGUAUCGAGCUCGCGUUUACGACUGGAUCGCGAUGCUCUGGAUGCGACUGUCCAUGCUGAGCACUGGUAUUCAUCCGCGUGUCGUGGGUACGGAGAAUCUGCUUCCACCUGAUGCCACUGUGCUUUAUGUGUGCAAUCACAAUUCGUACCUGGACAUCUACACGGUGGCGUUUCUAGGCCGAUUUUUCAAGUUUGUGUCCAAAAGAAGCAUUUUUGCGAUCCCUAUUAUCGGCUGGGCGAUGGGAAUGGCUCGACAAAUCGGGAUUGAGCGGGAUAGUCGACGGGAUCAGCUGCGGGUCUUUCGCGAAAUGGUCUCGCGACUGGAACACGGGGUGUCGCUGUUGCUUUUUCCGGAGGGCACGCGCUCAAAAGACGGGACGCUCCGUGCUUUCAAACAGGGUCCGUUUCGGGUCGCAAAGCAAGCUGGGGUACCGAUAGUUCCACUGACGAUUACAGGCACGGCGGAAGUGAUGCCGCCCUGGGCGCUGGCACCGUUGCGGUGGCCCAAACAGCGAAUCACCCUAACCAUUCAUCCUGCGAUCCAAACUGCGGAUCAUAGUGUGACGGACCUUAUUGAGGCUGCGCGAACAGCAAUAGCGAGUGCGUUACCUCCGGGACUCUGCGGCCGCUAA